AAUCAACGAGCUAACGCGUGUUGUCCCUUGUUGCCCAACAACUAGACAACAAAUGGCGCAUAAAAAAUGGCGCAAAGCUUCAAUUUAUCUAUUCACAAGGCAUAGCAUGUCGUAAGUGUGGAGAGUGUGAAAGUUCCAAGGGAGACAUACUCUACAUGUUAAGAAGUUGAAGACGGUUUCUCCGUGAAAACGCGGGACAUUUUUUUCAAUAGGGAUAGAAUUGGGACCGCGCCACAGAGGAACUAUAGUGAUCCGUUAACAAACUUAAAAGCUUAACCUUGACUACAACCGUGAACUUCCAAGUCGAAUUAAGAGCAUGGACUAGCAGACGACAAAUCUAAAGGAGUAGCAGACGACAAAUCUAAAGGAGUAGCAGACGACAGGAUGGGAGCAGCUUGCAGUUCGGAUAACGCAGCACAGGCGGCCGCCAACGACUCGUGGGAGAAGGCUGAGAAUAUCUAUGCAUUUUCGGCCAAAGAUAUUGACGGAAAUGACUUCUCGCUAGAAAAAUACAAGGGUAAUGUGGUGAUAAUCGUGAAUGUUGCCAGUAAGUGAGGUUUCACGAAGGCCAACUAUGCUCAGCUACAGACACUGCACACACAGUAUGCUGAGCAAGGCCUUCGCAUCCUUGGAUUCCCGUGUAACCAGUUUGGUAGCCAGGAACCAGGUGAUGAAGCCACGAUCAAGGAGUUCAUCUCUCAAUUACCCGACCCUGUGACCUUUGACAUGUGUAGCAAGGUCAAGGUUAACGGAGGAGAUGCUCAUCCACUCUGGAAGUAUUUGAAGAAGAAACAGGCUGGAACAAUCACUAAUGCCAUAAAAUGGAAUUUCAGCAAGUUCCUAAUCAGUAAAGAGGGCAUACCAGUCAAAAGAUAUGCUCCUAACUUUGAGCCGAAGAAUAUCGAGCCAGACAUAAAGAGUGAACUGGAGAAAUAAACUGUGAUCUCCGAAUCCAUGACAACACGAGCAGAGCGCGGUCUGCCACCUAUGUGAUAUUUCAACGACACCUCCAUCCGGGAGUUUAUGACGGUUCGUCUUGAAACCAGGCAACUGGUGGGAUGAACCUGAUCCUUGUGUGCACCUUCCUAGGGGUGAGGGUGGACAGGAAAUGUCAUAUUUUAUAGCAGCGUUCUCUGUGAAAGUUGGUUGACAUAUUCAGCAUGCAUUGGAGAUAUUGGAGAUAUCUUGUGUUUGUGUGAGGGGGGGGGUGAUGUUAUGUAAGCAUUUGUUUGUGUAUUAACAUGUAUGGUGCCAGAUGAGUAAAAUCAAUGUUUACUCUAUGUUUAUUCAUGGUCUGCGACCACUUAUCAGAUUCUCAUUCAGUCAAGAGGUUUGAUCCUGUUCAAGGUAUUUAUAUUGAGCUGGCAGUUCUUUGCUGUCUAAUCAAGACCGCUGGGUGGACUAAAAAUGCAGAGCAAAACCAGAGACGUAAGCCAAGGGUUUUGGACGUAAUUUGAGGUCUACUACUUGAGGAAUCUUGGCCUGACAACAAAGGACCCUCUAUUCUUAAAGGGCUUAUAGUGAACGUUUGGCAUCAAGUUUAAACCUCGUGACUAUAGGAUAAGAGCCUUUAAUAGAUAGAGUCUUUGAAAGCUUUCUCGCUCAAUUUAAGUUAUUGUGCCAACUACAUGUAUCCUAGAGGACAUGUGUUCAAAAUAAAAGUAAAUCGUUAUGACUUCA